AUGCAGUAUGGGCAAGCAAUCAGGAACACAUCAUCACCCCUGCCGACUCGGGAGCAGGCUACGCAAUUUGGUCGUAUGAGAAGCACUGCUCCUCUAAGUGUAUGCAGUAUGCAGUAUGCAGCCGACUCGGGAUGUAAAAUUGGCAAAGCAAUCAGGAACACAUCAUCACCCCUGCCGACUCGGGGAGCAGGCUACGUAAUUUGGCUGUAUGAGAAGCACUGCUCCUCUAAGGGUACAUGCAGUAUGGGCAAGCAAUCAGGAACACAUCAUCACCCCUGCCGACUCGGGAGCAGGCUACGUAAAUUUGGCCUGUAUGAGAAGCACUGCUCCUCUAAGUGUAUGCAGUAUGCAGUAUGGGCAAGCAAUCAGGAACACAUCAUCACCCCUGCCGACUCGGGAGCAGGCUACGUAAAUUUGGCCGUAAAAGGAGAAGCGCUGCUCCUCUUGUAUGCAGUAUGGGCAAGCAAUGAGAAGCACUGCUGA